UUUAGUAUCACUUCCCUGGGAAAAAGACUGUGCAUGCUCACCAUCUAUGUGCCUCAUGAUCUUAUAGCCCCUGCAAAGACGUAAAGAAGGUAGUCUGCCUUGCCGUGGUAAAAGCAAAAAAAUACUGGAAUUUCUCAGCUGAUUGGUUUGCAUCUGUAUCCAAGUUCAUUCUCAAGUUCAUUGUUGCUCCUCUUUCCACAUUUUAAAAUGCUCCUAUAAAGACAGUGUUCUUUACUCAUUCAAUGAAUGUUCUACAUGUUCUCCUUUUAACACAUGAAAUACUCAGGUUCCUCCAAAAUAGAAGCCAUGAUUUCUCUCAUCUAUGUUAUACAGACAACCUAUCAUUUCCAAAUGUAGACCCUUGAUGUAGUGGGUUGUGGAGAAGUACUUUAGUAACAUGCUUCUGUUGUUUAUCAUGUAAACUUAUGCACAGCAUGUAGGCCAUUGUUUUAUUCUCCAGGUGGGAACACAACAGCUUCUUUCUCAUUUAUUCUGUUUUCCUCUGUACAUUUUGUAUGUUUGAAUUUCAUAUUUAUUACCAUUUCCUGGUACUGGGCAUGUCUCUGAUAUCUUUACUGCCAGUUCCUCGUGUAAUCUGUGUCCCAGUUAUACAGAUAUUUCUGGGUGAAGCGUCUAGACUCCUGAGCUCCUGAGUUCAUCAGAGCAGCAGAGAAGUCCACCUUCAAAUCAGGACCGCAUGGUACCCUUAGCUCAUUGAUUUCAUGAAUAGCUCAACAAACCACUCAGUUAUAUCAUUGCACUACAAAAAAAAAAGUAAACUUUGGAGAAGGCACCCAGAAUUAGCUCUCUAGAUAGGACACAAACACUGUACUGGAUUUAAUAUCUGGAGACUUGGGAGAACUGUUCUGGAGUCCAGAGAGAAUCAGUCUGACACAGUCACACAUACCGAACCAAACUCUUCUGCCAGCAUCCCAGCCACCCUCAUCAUCACCAAGACCAAACUCAAAGCUGGUGACAAAUUGGCAUAUAGGAGGGAGAUUGAAAAUCUGCUUGAAUCGCGCCACAGCAAAAUCUGUAGCUCAAUGUCAGCAAUACCAAAGAGUGGAUUAUUGACUACAGGAGGAGCAGAGGUCCAUUAGUCAGUAACUUUAAAUUCCUUGAUGUUGUCAUAUCAGAAGAAGAUCUGUCCUGGGAACAGCACAUAAGCACAAAGAAGGCAUGGCAGUGCCUCAAUGUACUUUCUUAGAAGAUUGCACAGAUUCAGCAUGUCAUCUGAAACAUUGUCAGCUUCUAUAGAUGCACAGUGAGGAGUAUUCGGAAUGGUUAUAUCACAGCCUGGUAUGGAAACACCAAUGCCCAAGAAUUGAAAAGCCUUCAAAUAGUAGCAGAUACAGCCCAAUCCAUCACAGCCAAAGCCCUCACCACCAUGAGCUGAUUUAGAAGAAGCGUAGCCCCUAGAAAGCAGCAUUCAUGAUCAAGGACCCCAUUAUCCAAGCCUUACUCUUAAACAUUCCCUGUGAGACCCAGCUCAGUAGCAGCACAAGGCUAUGAAAUCUAGAAGUCUUCAUCUGGAAGACCAGCAACUGAAUCUGCAGACCUUGAAGCCUCCUAUCGUCAGGCCAAACGUGAAAAAGGGAUCCCUGAUUACUUCCAGCAAAGUCAGAAGUGGGACACUUGAUGAUGAUUGCAGAGUUAAGUUCCAUACAUUAUUCCUCAGUUAUUUAGCCCAUAUCUGCAUGCAUCAAACCUGGAGAACAUCUAGGCUUAGACGUUCCAAGCCUUCUUUGAUUGUAUGUGCAAACAAGGUGAGGAAGUCACAAACUAAGGUUUCUCUUUAACAUCACUAUCCUGGUUAGGAAGCACUGUAUAUCCUGAUUCCACCAAGGUUCUGGAAGUCCUGAUCUAGUAGUACUAUGGGACUACUUGCUCUGCAAAGACAUCAAAAACUAAUCUCUUCUCUACAGGAAGGACCAUAAAUCCUAGUUUUCGAGUUAAUUAACAAUGCUCAUUUCUGAUGAAUAAUUUUAAAUUGAAAUGCAUCAAUGACAUUUUGGGCAACUGAGCCUUGCUAGUAGAUCCUUACAGAAUCUGAUGUCAGCAUGUCCCGCACUGCAUAAUCAAAGUACACAGCACACUGAUGGAUCAGAUUCCAGAGUUUCUGAGCCCCACCUGUACUGCUAGACUCAAUAAUCCACUAAUGCCCCAAGCAUAGGGUCUGGACAUAUUUCACUUCUGGCCUCACACUUGUCCUCUGUAGUGGACAAAUCUGGUGCAGGCCCAUUCAUUUGAAUGGAGUCAGUAACCUUCGCUUUAAAGAAUGCUUUCUUUUUGUUUACUUUCUUUUUAUUAAUACUAAUGCUCUAAUUAAUUACGUAUUGAAUGUGGCUUCUAACUGUUCAUAAACGUCUCUGAUGGAUUACAGUUCAUCAGGGGAGUUUAUGGCUCAUCAUUGUUGCUUAUUACAGAUUAUGCCUUUGGAGUGGCUGCAGCAAGAAGGCCAGCAUGACGUUGGAAGCCGAACAGAAGCAAAAAAUAAGAGUGACUGCAGGCCUUCCACAUGAAGUGAAAGCAAAAGCUUGUUGUUACUUGUGCUCUCAAUCACCCCUGGGGCUCAUGAGAAACCCUUGAAGGAAGCUGAAGAGCUGCAUUCUCUGUGAGAGAACAGCAGAAUGAGAUAAAGCAACACAGCGCUCAAGGAAGCCUGAGCUGCCUUCAUUUGCAUUGCCUGCUAUAAGUGAGGCAAUUGAAUCACUUUCCUGGCACAUACCCGGCUGUAUAGUGAUUUUAUUUCAUAAUGAACUCUGUGCUGUGACUUAAUAGGCUGUCAUGUUGGGGCACAGAAAUGGAUUGAGAUACUGAUGCAUUACAUCCGCGAGGAGGCAAAAAAACCCACCUGGGCUUCAGGGAGUCCCAUCAUUAUCAACUGCUGAACAGUUCCUCUUCAUUUCACAAAUGACUGUUAGUGUGGAGAAUGGAGAAAAGCAGUUGUACUGACUAAGCAGAUUUAGCAAGCUGGAGCCGGAGUGCUGCUUCAUUGCAGGUUUCUGAAGAUGAAAAAUAGGACAAUAGCUGGCUUUUCAGUCACCAAAUGUUCUGCAUUUCAGUUUUUAAAAAAGCGGGUCAGAAAAUGGAAGAAGAGUGACAGAUUCAAACCAGAAAAAAUGCUGGUCAUAAAGGCAGAUGAUCCAGAAUCUAAAUCAGGCAAAGGCCCUCGAAUGGUCGCUCACUCAUCCAAAAUGGAAUGUCACUGUUGCCAAGGGAAUAUCGCACAUAAAUGUGAUGGAUUGUGGGAACGAGGGAGUUCCAAGUGCUCUCCAAAAGGAUUCCAGGAGGCAGGGGCAGCAUGCAGGCAACUCGUGCAAGAAGGCUGUGGGCCAAUGUCUGACUCCACUUCACCCAUUGAAGCUUCCAUUGGUCACCUAUUAAAGCGACGAGAGAGACUGAAACGCUGGCUGCCUACCUUUUUAUCUCUGGGUAGGACGAUUUGUGGAUCGAUCUGGGAGGAAGGAUUUGGGGGAUUGAUGAUUGUGCUGCUGUUCUUUCUUGGCUUCAUGACUAUCUGCAGAAGAAGAAUUUCAGAGUUGCAAAGAAGCAAUGUCAAAGUGAACUCCGAAAACAUUCCUCUCACAAAACCCACACAAGCAACUGCGAUCCAGGUACAGUUUAUCUUAAGUAUUCAGACAUCCCUUAAAGUUCAAAGCAGAGCGGAUAAGAUGCUGCACUGUGAACUUCGCUCAGCUCCCGGCCGACCGUCUUCCUCGGAGGAAGCCUGUGGUGGAAGCCAGGAAUUAGCAGGGGACGCCUCCUCCGCCCUGGAGCUAUCCGGUCCCUUGCAAGCAGUCUCAACAAGUCCCUUCCACGCAAUUACUUCGGUGCCUGAAGUCCCGGAACAGGACAGAGCCCAGGCGCCACCAGAACUUCUCGUCGCUGACUGGUGA